AUGUUGAGAAUAACUAGACUUUCAGCUAGACCACUUUCAUUUUUGCGUUUGAAUUCAACUUUAGCUAGACCAGAAGCUUCACAAUUAAAUGUCAAAGAUUUGAAAAAUAAUGAAUAUGUUCAACAAGCACCAAACAGAAACGUAACAUGGUCUCCAUCUCAAGAAGAAAGAAUAGAAGUUGUCAAUAAAUUUCCACAUAGAUUUGUUCAAAGAGAUUUGGAACAACAACCAAGACCAUAUGCUGCUAUAGAUUUAAUUGCUAAAGAACCAAUAAGAUACUUAACUCAUGAAGAAGGUAAUAUUGCUGUUUGUGAUGGUAAUAGAGGAAGCACUUUACAAGGUCAUCCUAAAGUUUUCAUCAAUUUGGAUCAACCAAAAGCAGCUACCUGUGGUUACUGCGGUUUAAGAUAUGCUAAAGAAGAAUUCAAAGAAGCCAUUGAAGCUGGUGAAGCUUAA